AUGAGUGCCAGCUUGCCCGACGACUUCAACGUCGACACAAUUGAGCUUUUCAAAGAAUUUACAAGUCUAAGUAUAUUGCCUGGCAAGCGGGGGAAGACUCUGGGCAAAGGCGCAACCGCAACUGUCAAGCUCAUGGCCCGAAAAGGGAGCAACUCCGAUGAAGUCUAUGCGGUCAAAGAAUUUCGCAAGCGCGGGCAAACUGAGGAUGAGGUCGAGUAUGAGAAAAAGGUCAAGUCAGAGUACAGCAUUGCCAAGAGUCUACAUCAUCCAAAUAUUGUCGAAACUGUGCGGCUAUGCACACAUAAUGGACGAUGGAAUCAUGUUAUGGAGUAUUGUUCCCAAGGCGAGAUCUUUUCGCUCAUUGUGAAGAAAUACUUUAAGCUUGAAGACCAUCUGUGUCUGUUCAAACAAUUGAUGAGGGGCGUCGAUUAUCUACAUUCACAUGGGAUUGCACAUCGCGACAUUAAGCUCGAGAACCUGCUCAUGACAGACGAAGGGUACUUGAAAAUCACCGACUUUGGCGUGUCAGAGGUGUUCUGUGGAGAACACCCCGGUUUGCGUGCUGCAGGCGGGGAGUGUGGCAGGAACAUGAAGGAAUGCCGACGAUGUGCACCAGGCGUAUGCGGUAGUCUGCCAUACAUUGCCCCAGAGGUGUUGGCCAAGGAGGGCGAUUACGACCCCCGUGCACUCGAUGUCUGGUCUUGUGCCAUUGUCUUCCUCACCAUGAACUACUCUGGCUCGCCAUGGCGAGCUGCCAAGACUACCGAACCAUACUAUCAGAAAUUCCUCUCUGGGUGGGAAGCAUGGCUGAAAACCCACCCCGAGGGAAUCAUCACCGACGACCCCAACGGGGGCCACCCAAAAUGCGGACCGGUUUUUCUUAAUCUCCCUUCACCCGCGAUCCGCCGAUUACUGCUCCGCAUGAUGCAUCCCGAUCCCGAGAAACGCAUCUCCAUCCAUGACGCGCUGUCUGAUCGAUGGGUAAAGACGAUAGAAUGCUGCUCACCUGAAGCAUGCGAGGACGAUGUCGUAGAUGCCAACGGUACUAUUCCCACGGUAAACGGCACACGGCAGGGAAGUACUACUAGUAUCCCAUCAUCCGUGCCUGGCAAUACUGCAGCUGGAAACGGAAACGGAACUGGAUCCGUUCCCAUAGUCGACGCUGCGGCGAAGCACAGCUGCAAGGUCGCUCGCUCGAAAAAGGUCCCUGUCAUUAAGAAACAUAAUCAUCUCCCGCCCGCCAAGAAGAAGGUGCCCGAAAAAUUGCAGUAUUCGUUUGACUUGGGCGACGGCUAUUCAUGA